CUUUAAUAAAUACCCAUUGCUCUUUUCUUUUCCACCACAUAGUACUUGUUCGUACUGAUUUUUUCAGUGCCUUUCUUUAUCUGACAAAAUAGUUGUACUUUUAGCAUUGAAUUCAGAAUUCUCAAAUCGUUCUUUGGUUCUUCUUGUUGGGCUCAAACCCCUAGCCUUGAAUCAAUCUUAACUCAUCCAAAAUCCUCGGUUUGAAUUCCCAGCUUAUGUGAGUUCAAACCCCAUGAAUUUGACUAGGAAUCCUGGGUUUGAAGUUGCAUUUCUCUCCCUUAAUCUUUCUCAGAAGAUUUACAAAUUCAGGUUCAAAUUCAAGCUUUGAACCAAGUUCAAGUUCUGGGUUUUGCAUCUCUUUGCAUAAAGUUUUCAUUUUUUUGGAUUCAAAUUCGGAGGUAUAGGGUUUUGGGGUUGAGAUGGGUGCUAAUAUGUCUGUCGGCGUGUCGGACACGGAUCCUCCUUUGAAGCCCAGGUUGGACGAUAUACCGGAGAGCUGCGUCGCGCUGGUUCUGAUGUACUUGGACCCUCCUGACAUUUGCAGAUUGGCCCGAUUGAACCGGACUUUUCGGGGUGCUUCUUCAGCGGAUUUUAUAUGGGAAUCAAAAUUGCCGCCCAAUUAUCUGUAUAUUAUGGAGAGACUUUUUGAUGAGGAAGCUUUGGUGAAAUUUCGGAAGAAGGAUAUCUAUGCCAGGCUUUGCAGGCCUAAUUCCUUUGAUAAUGGCACAAAGGAACUUUGGCUGGAAAAAAGUACGGGGGACGUUUGUGUGGCGAUUUCGUCGAAGGCUCUAAGGAUAACCGGGAUAGAUGAUCGGAGAUACUGGAAACACAUUUCGACUGAGGAAUCUAGGUUCCAGACGGUCGCUUAUCUCCAACAAAUCUGGUGGUUGGAAGUAGAUGGUGAGUUUGAGUUCCAAUUCCCUGCCGGAACAUAUAGUCUAUUUUUCAGACUCCAGCUUGGGAAGUCCUCCAAGAGAAUGGGACGUCGGGUUUGUGAUUCUGAGCACAUUCAUGGCUGGGACAUAAAACCUGUAAGGUUCCAGCUAACAACUUCUGAUGGUCAACAUGCCGUGUCCCAGUGCUAUUUGGACAAUCACGGGAACUGGGUGUACUACCAUGCUGGAGACUUUGUUGUUCGGAACACCAAUGCAUUGAUGAAGAUCAAUUUUUCAUUAACUCAGAUCGAUUGCACUCAUACCAAAGGUGGUCUUUGUGUAGACUCUGCGUUUAUAUACCCAAAAAGUGUGGGGGAAGAGGCCAGAUUGUUUUUGUAGGCAGGGAGAGCUGUAAAAAUAUUGAGGUGUUCCGCCAAACAGAUGCUUGUUAGCACCAAAGGAAGGACUUUCAAGUAGCGGUUGCUUUGUGAGGGACCCGUAAUGAUCUUUCAGUGUAUAAUUGUGCUUAUUUACUUCUCUAUGAUGUUGGCUUUUUGCAGUUGCUUUUGGCCAAUAAUAAGAUGCUUGAUUCAUUUGAA